GACUUCGUUCAACCACAUAUAAAUUAGGUCGAGUGGGAAAGUAAACGCUAGCGGCGCCGGAGACCCGGCCAUGCGGUACGUGCAUCUGCUUCUGAUGCUCGCGGCUGCUGCUGGCCCCUCUCUGUCGCGCCCACUUCCACAUCAUCUCAGGCAUGCUGCGCUUCUUGUUGGUCGUCGUUGUGACCUUGUCUGUCCUCGCCGUCAGCGGCUCAGCGGCGUCUUGCGAUGUCCGCCUCUGGGUCCGCGCUGACGAUCUGCACCCCGCAUCGGUCGCCGAGGGCGAUGCGCGCCUCGUCAACAACUUGACCUCCGUCGAACAAGACGACUGCCGAGUCGCAUCGUGGUCACUUGGUCUGCGCCAUCGUGAGCGUGUGGCGCUCAAGUACCCGCUCCCCGACGUCGAGCUGCCUGCUGAGCCAAAAUACAACUAUACUUGGGAAAGCUACCGUUGGAAAGUUCAAGAUGGUGAAUUCCUCGACGAGACAGUUUUUGACCCGCACGAGGAGGAGCGCAAAGAGUACGACCGCAAGCUUGAAGAGUACGCAACAGCUAUAAGGAGCAACGAACACUGGGUCAUCGUCGAGGAGGAGCGAAUCACCUUUGACAUCAUGGCUGACAUGGGCGCCAUUGAGGAGCCACGCGAGGGUGGCCGAGGACGCCUCUUUUGCGGUGCUGGUCCCGCCCGUGGACCUUGCCAUUGACGUAUCUCGCAGUCAGCGCUUUCCCCACGGCCACCUCAACAUCUCCUACGCGGCAGAGGUCACUCUGGAGUACUACGGACUGGUCAGGCUCGUCAACGGUACAGAGUUGGAGGUCCCAGGCGGCGAGACGACAACUGUGCCGCGCGGUAGCCCACCACAGGGGCUCAAGAGGCGAGGGGUGACACACUUCUUCGACGCAACGAGCAAGG